AUGGUGCAGCGGUUAUUACCCAAGUCCCUUUCUGAUCAUAAUCCGAUUUCGUUGGUGGAAAGUAGCUUAAACUGGGGUCCCAAACCUUUCAGAUUUUUCGAUUAUCUUUUGGAGGAAAAAGGUUUUGAGGAUAUGGUUAAUUCCUCAUUGGCAUAUCAGUGUAAUAAGAAUAAUAGAAGAGGUAUUUUCAGCAUUAUGCAAGGAACUAAAAGGGCAAUCAAAAAUUGGUCAGACAACAAAUAUCAUGGGGUCUCAGAUUCUAUUUCAGAGUUGGAUAGUAAAAUUACAGCUUUGGAAGAUAAGGCCAGGGUGAAAUCAAGAUCUAGAUGGAUCAAAGAUGGGGAUAGAAAUACGAGAUUCUUUUACCUUUGUGCUCUGAAUAGGAAUAAAAUCAAUGCCAUUUCUAGCUUGAAGAUCAAUGGGAAGGUAAUUUUGGAUCCUCAAAUGAUUAAGUCCUAUAAUUCUAAUUAUUUCAGGACAACAUAUAAUUCCAAAUCAACUAUGGAAGUGGAGGAUUUAUGUUUGGGUUUUUCAAAGUUGUUAGUGGAUCAAUCUUCACGACUUGAGGAGCAAUUUUCAGAGAUGGAAGUGUGGCAAGCUAUUGCAUCAUCUGACAGUGCAAAAGCUCCUGGUCCAGACGGUUUCAUAAUGGGUUUCUUCAAGAAAUGCUGA